CUGCUUCAUCUCUUCGCCAUUAGUCUGCUAUACAGAGUUUAGCAGAGAUGUACAUGCAACAAUUGUCUUGUGUAGAGAGAGAAAGACUGCAUGCUCUCUCUAUAUUCUACAUUCACAGAAGCACAUGUAUUGAUUUUGGGAAAUUUGUGAUUCCUGAAAAUGGGUGUGGAGGUAAGGAGCAAGUAUGUCAUCGUCGGACAGAGAUCUGCUGUUUAUAUUACUUCAGUUCCUAGAGGAAGAAGGAUUCAAAGAAUCUGCUCGCAAGUUGGAAGAAGAGUCUGGGAUUUUCUUCAAUAUGCUACAUUUUGAGGAAUUGGUCAAGAAAGGAGAAUGGGAUGAAGUGGAGAAGUAUCUACUGGGCUUCACAACUCUUGAUGAAAACACAUUUUCAAAUGAAGUCUUCUUUCAAAUCCGAAAGCAAAAGUACCUUGAAGCGAUUGACAGGAAGGAUAUCAAGAAGGCUAUAAAUAUUCUGAAUUCGGAAUUGAAAGUGUUUGCAAGAGAGGAUAAUGACCUUUAUAAAGAAAUGGCAAUGCUUUUGACUCUAGAGAACAUUAGGGAACCUGGGUCUGAGAGAAAUAAUAUGAUUGAUAAGCUGAAGAAUGCUAUUGAAUCAAACCCAGCAUUUCAUGAUGCACUUAACUCUCCUGCAGUGGAGGCCUCAAGAUUGAGGGUGUUAAUAAAUCAGAGUUUGAAUUGGCAGCACCAUCAUUGUCAGAAACCAAAUCCUAAACCUGAAAUAAUGACAUUGUUGGUUGAUCACCGUUGUGAGGAGUCACAACUAAAUGGUGGACAGGUCCUUCCUCCAGUUACCAAUCAGCUAACUGUAGAUGCCCCUAUGCCAGGUGGUUUUCCACCUUUACAAGCUGAUGGUGUUAACAAUAUGCCUGUCAAUAUUUUGCAUGUUGGCUAUGGCAAUCAAAGUCAAGGUCAAAGCUCAGGCUCAUCUGAUGAUAUUCCAAUGACAGUAGUUAUGACUCUGAAUCAGGGAUCAGCAGUAAGGAGUAUGGAUUUUCAUCCCGUGCAACAUAGUUUACUUCUUGUUGGGACGAGCAUAGGAGAGAUUAUAAUUUGGGAACUACGAACUAGGACAAGGCUUGCUAAAAGAAGUUUCGGGAUUUGGGAUCAUAGGGCAUGCACACUGGGGCUGCAGUCUGCAUUGAGGAAUGACCCGCCCGCGUCAGUUAAUCGUGUCUUGUGGAGUCCUCACGGUUCUGUGUUUGUCGUUGCAUACUCCAAGGGACUUGUGCAUGUCUACACCUAUUAUGGAAAUUUAAGAAACCAUCUAGAGAUUGAAGCUCAUGAAGGAAGUGUGAAUGAUAUUGCAUUUAAAAAUCUGAACUAUCGGCUUUAUAUAAUUACUUGUGGGGAGGACAAGCUUAUUAAGAUGUGGGAUGCGUCAACAGGCACUAAGAAGUAUACCUUUGAGGGUCACGAGUCAUCCGUUUGUUCUGUAUGCCCACAUCAGAUUGGAAAUAUUCAGUUUUUCUUCUCGGUGGCAACUGAUGGUAAAAUAAAGGUAUGGCCAUAUUUUGAUACGAUUCGUGGUAAAACUUAUUAUUUGCAGGUUAACAAUAUGCCUGUCAAUAUUUUGCAUGUUGGCUAUGGCAAUCAAAGUCAAGGUCAAAGCUCAGGCUCAUCUGAUGAUAUUCCAAUGACAGUAGUUAUGACUCUGAAUCAGGGAUCAGCAGUAAGGAGUAUGGAUUUUCAUCCCGUGCAACAUAGUUUACUUCUUGUUGGGACGAGCAUAGGAGAGAUUAUAAUUUGGGAACUACGAACUAGGACAAGGCUUGCUAAAAGAAGUUUCGGGAUUUGGGAUCAUAGGGCAUGCACACUGGGGCUGCAGUCUGCAUUGAGGAAUGACCCGCCCGCGUCAGUUAAUCGUGUCUUGUGGAGUCCUCACGGUUCUGUGUUUGUCGUUGCAUACUCCAAGGGACUUGUGCAUGUCUACACCUAUUAUGGAAAUUUAAGAAACCAUCUAGAGAUUGAAGCUCAUGAAGGAAGUGUGAAUGAUAUUGCAUUUAAAAAUCUGAACUAUCGGCUUUAUAUAAUUACUUGUGGGGAGGACAAGCUUAUUAAGAUGUGGGAUGCGUCAACAGGCACUAAGAAGUAUACCUUUGAGGGUCACGAGUCAUCCGUUUGUUCUGUAUGCCCACAUCAGAUUGGAAAUAUUCAGUUUUUCUUCUCGGUGGCAACUGAUGGUAAAAUAAAGGUAUGGCCAUAUUUUGAUACGAUUCGUGGUGUUGAUUAUCCUGCACAAGGUCACUCAUUGACCACUAUGCUUUGCAGUUCCGAUGGGAAAAGAUUGUUCUCCUGUGGCACUGACAUGGAAGGGGUAUCGUACCUUAGGGAAUUGAAUGACAAUUCAGUUACAAUUAAGCGGGAAUAUAUUGGUCUUGGAGGGCAGACCACGGAGGCUGUGAAAUUUGAUACUGCUAAGAAUAGAUUCCUAGCAGCCGGUGAUGAUUUCACUGUCAAAUUUUGGGAUAUGGAUGAUGAGAACUUGUUUACAACUACUGAUGCAGGGGGUGCACUUCCGUGCCGGCCUUGUCUACGGUUCAAUAAAGAAGGAAAUUUAUUAGCUGUUUCAACAAGUGAGAAUGGCAUCAAAAUUUUGGCAAAUGCAGAUGGUUUCAGGCUUUUACGAGCCUAGGGGAGUCAUCCGUUUAUUGCCCAAUAGUUCCCUCGGCUGCUUUUAUGAAGUAUUUGGUAAGUGGAAGUUCUGGCCGUCAUAACACAGCUGCUGGAUUAGAUGUUGCAGAUCAGCUGGCAUCCAUUGUUGCAAAAGUUAAUCUCAAGAAAGAUUGUCAUCAAAAUGUAGAAUUGCCAAAGUCAAAAUUUAUCUGACGUGACACCCAAAAUUGCAGUUGAACUAGUGAAUCCAAGUAGUCAUAGUUGAGCCGUUUAACUUUAAAUCUGAAGGUGAAUGGGGAACAGCCCCACUAACUUAACAUGGCGCUGCCCUUCCCUACCAAGCUUAGAAAGAUUGUCAUCAAAAUGUAGAAUAAGUAACUUAACUGUCAAUUUUUGGAUAGUCAAUGAAUAUAAAGAAUUGUAUUGCCAUCCCAA